CAGCCAUAGUGCACAAUAAUUAAAAAAAAUAAAAAUAUAUAAAAUAAAAAAAUAAAGAAAUCAUCCUUCUAUACCUCUCUCAAUUUUUUUUUUCCUUUUUAUUCCUAAUCACCGGCAAGUUAUUCACUAGCUCGCCGGACAGACGGAUCCAAAAUAACCAAAAAUAUAUGAAAUCAAUAUAAAAAAAAAGGAAGAAGAGAAAAAAAAUUAAGAAAAGAAGAAAAAAAGAAACAAUUACAGUAUGGCAGCCAAAGUAAUAAUCCCAGUGGUGGGGCUCCUCCUUGUGGUGGGCAUCGUCAUCGGCGUCGUCUCCUCCGUCAACAAGGGCCCCAAAGACCCGGCCACCGGCGACGAGAACCUGACCCCUCACAUGAAGGCCGUCGACCAGAUUUGCCAGCCCACCAACUACAAAGAGGAGUGCGUGAAGAGCCUGAGCGGCGCCAACUCCACCGACCCAAAAGACCUCAUCAAGGCCGGCAUCCUCGCCAUCGCCGAGUCCCUCAAGAAGUCGUUCAACCUCAGCGACGACCUCGUCGCCAAGGCCGAGAAGGACAAGGACACCGCCCGGACCAAAACCGCCCUCUCCGACUGCAAGGAGCUCCUCCAGGACGCCUCCGACAAGCUCCAGGACAUCAUGGAGAAGGUCGGCGCCUCCGACCUCAGCACCAUCGCCAACCGCUCCGACGACUUCAGGAUCUGGAUCAGCUACGUCAUCAGUUACCAGGAAAUGUGCGUGGACGGGUUCGACCAGGACAGCACCGUCAGGACUGACGUCAGGGACAGUACGGAGGUGGGGAGCCAGUUGACCGACAAUGUGUUGACCAUCUUGGGCGGGAUUCAGCAGGUCCUCGGCUCGUUCGGAUUGAAGCUCAACCUGACCAGCUUGGCAUCCGGCGGCGGCGGGGAUCAAGAGGAGCAUCAUCGGAGGUUGUUGUCGCAGGACAACGGAUUCCCGUCGUGGAUGUCGGCGGCGGACAGGAAGCUGUUGCAAUCCACCCCUAAGAUGACGCCCAACGCGGUGGUGGCCAAGGACGGGAGCGGGCAGUACAAGACCAUCUCCGCCGCGCUGGCGGCUUACCCCAAGAACUUCCAGGGUAGGUAUGUGAUCUAUGUGAAGGCCGGAGUUUACGCCGAGCAAGCCACCGUCGGGAAAGGAAUGAAGAACGUGUACAUGUACGGCGACGGAGCUAGGAAGAGCAUUGUCACCGGUCAUUUGAGCUAUGCUAAGGAUGGCCUCGGCACCUGGAAGACCGCUUCCUUCAUCGUGGAAGCCGACGGGUUCAUCGCUCGGUCAAUGGGAUUCCAAAACACGGCCGGACCGGAAGGCCACCAGGCCGUGGCGGUCCGCUCACUAUCCGACCAGUCCGCUUUCAUCAACUGCAGGCUGGACGGCUUCCAAGACACGCUGUGCUACCAAGGCGGCCGCCAGCUGUUCCGCAACUGCGUCUUAUCCGGAACCAUCGACUUCCUCUUCGGAUACGGCGCCGUCGUGGUGCAGAACUCGCUCAUCAUCGUCCGCCGCCCCAUGGCCAACCAGUUCAACACCGUCACCGCCGACGGGAAAAAGGAGAGAGGCCAGCCCACCGGGAUCGUGAUCCAGAACUGCCGGAUCGUCCCGGAGGCCAAGCUGGUCCCCGACAGGUUCACGCUGAAGACGUACCUCGGCCGGCCGUGGAAGGACUUCGCCACCACGGUGGUGAUGGAGUCGGAGCUCGGCGACCUGAUCCAGCCCGACGGGUGGAAGCCGUGGGACGGGACCAUCUUCCUGGACACGUGUUUCUACGGGGAGUACGCCAACCGGGGCCCGGGCGCCAACACGGCGAGGAGGGUGACGUGGAAGGGCGUGCACAGCGUGCUGUCGAGAGCUGAGGCGAUGAGGUGGACCGUUGACUCGUUCCUCAAAGGGAGGGAGUGGGUUGCUAAUACGGGCGCUAAUGUUAUUUAUGGGCUUAAGGGUUAAAAAAGUUUGGGAUCGCGUGUUGAUUUUUUUUUAAAGUUAAUUGGAAUGAUGAUUUGAUGACACAAAUUAUCCUACCCCAUGUUAUGAACAAGAGGGUUCAUGAGUGAAAUUGGGGGAAAAGAAAUGGAAAAAUGAACUAAUUUGAUAUUAAUUUAUAGUAAUUUUCAAUGUAAUUAGCCUCUCGGCUCUCUCUCUUUUUUUUUUUUGGAAGAAUGUUUUUUUUUAAUUAUUAAUGAAAUAUGUAUCCAUUUUGGUAUCGCUAAUUAAUUAGUGUUUUCAGUUUUUUUUUUCACCCACAUUUUAGUUUUCUAAGUUCAUAAUGUAACAAAACAAAAUUAACUAGGAUUUAAUAUGUAUGAAUAAGAAUUUUGUUUAGUGAUAAAUGAUAA